GAGAGAUGGAAAGGCACUCAGUUGGCCACGGAAGCACUGACAAGCUUGAGGCUGUCAGCUCCCGAGAGUUUCAGACAUGCCGCGGCCUGGCACCAAUAGCUGGCUGCCACACUGAUACAUCCAGAAGAGAACCGAUGCAGCCAGCAAAACCAGCAGCUGGGCUGAUAAGGCCGCCGGCGCCGGCCAAGGCGCGGCCGUCGUCCGGCGUCGCCAGGCUGCUGCUGCUGCGGGCGCCGGCGGCCGCGGUGGCGCUGGCCGCCGCGCUCGCCGUGUCCUCGUCAUCGCCGGCGCUGCCUCCUGCUCCUGCUCCUGCCCAGCAGCAGGCGGCGCCGGCGCCGGAGGACACGAUGCGCAACGUGCCGCGGACGCUCUCGGGGGAGGAAGGCAAAGGGGCGGAGCGGAUCAAGCACCCGAGGUCACCUAUGGCGGCCCGGUGCACGUCCAAGUGCGUCAGCACCUGCGUCCUCGGCGGCGCCGGCGCGCCAGGCGUCGGCGGGCCGUUCAACGUCAGGAGGCCCCUCGUCGUCUUCAAGGACGGCUUCCGCAGCCGCCAGUACUGCCUGGUGGAGUGCUCCGACGUCUGUAACCUGAUCAAGGACGGGGAAGACGACCAGUAAGUAUAUAUACAGCGAAUGAUGAUCCAUCGAUCAGGUACUAAUGGAUGACGAUCCAUCGGGGAAUUAACUUGCAACCGAUGGAACCAGUUAGCUGAAGAUCGAUGCAGCAGCCAUGAGAUCGUCACUCGUGAGGAGCAUGUUGCCGCCGGCCCGGCCGGCUGAUCUAACAGUUAAUGGAGGUAGGCCAGGAGGGGAUCCAUAUCAGGUUAAUUUUCCAGCUCCAUGAGGCAAAUGACCAGUACUCCCCAGUUAACUCAGUGUGGAUACAUACGCAGUCGAUCGCCGUGUGCAUGCAGGACUAACAAGAAGCAUAUUACCUCUGUUACAGAAAAGCUCUGCUUGAUCAGCUACUUGAAUGGAAACUUAAUUUUGUGUUUCUUAAAUAUCAACUAUUAUAGGCCUAGGCUUGGGCAGUUGGGCAGGGCUGUAAUCUCCACGCUGCAAUUUUUGUUCCAGAUCAACUUCUUUCCCAUCCAUGACAAGCCAACAAAUGAAAAAAAAGGAUAAUUGAUAAAUCAUCGAAUACUGUUUUAAUUGCACCUAUGUUUUGUUCCAUUAACACAUUUAUGUUUUAUCCCAAACUUAAAAAAAAACUCAUUUAGGGCCUCUUUGAUUCAGAAUAUUUCUGAAACUUUUAGUGGAUUGAUUAUAAAACCCUUGAGUUCUUUUGUACAUGGUUCGUUUGAUUCUUAGAAUUGUAAAACAUAAGAUUUUUUUUUAUAAAAGAUUCAUUGCACUAAUUUUCGUAUAAAAGUUUCUGCCCACUCCAACUUUUUGGUUAAAUCCUAUGCUUUUCCGGUAAACGGUCAAAUAUUCCAUUCAAUCAUAUUAUCUUGAAACGGCAUGGCAUCAUAAUCCUGUGAAUCAAAAGAAACUCUCAGAAUCAUUGUAUACUACUCCCUCCGUCCAACAAAAUAUGUCUUAACUUUGUCAAAAUUUAGAUGUAUCUAGACAUGACUUAAUGUAUAGAUGCAUUCAAAUUUAGUCAAAAUUGAGACAUCUUUGUUGGACGAAUGAUUACUAGAAUCGGACAACUUUUAUCCUUUUUUGAAAAGCAGGGAGGCCCUCCGAUUUCUAUUGUUGAAACCAACAGUUCUUACAAGAACAAAAAAGAGCAAAUGUGCCCUAACGCUACCUCAUAUAGACUUGUUUAACCAGCUACAGUUUAUGCGGACGAAAUCUAGGGGCUAGGGCGCAACAAGUCAGCAAGGCUCCACGCAUAAACUAAAGCGUUGAUGGUUUUUACCAUCUUUUUUGGGACAACUGGUUUCAUUUCUUUUUCCUUUUUCCCUAUUGUUUCAACCUUUCCACUUUCACUUCUUUCAACUUUUGGUUUUCUCAAGCAAACCCAUAAUUUCUAGAACUCAAACUACAAUCAGAGGUCAUGAUUUUCCUGAAUUCUGCGGUAAGACAAAGUACAUGGAUUUUUUCCCCAAACAUUCUUUCGAUCGGGAUUCCAUUACCAAAGAUAACGGAACACAUGUUUACCCUCACAUAUUUGAAAAGGUACUUCCAAGCUAUCUAGAACACACCCAAUUGAAGAAUAAAAAAGUUCUCAAAACGAUUAAAAGAUGCUUAUUACAUACGACUCGAAGGGUCACCAAAAGACAAGAGUUUCUCAACUCUUCGAAUCACAGCGAAGUUUUGAUGUUCUCCCGAAAUGAUCUCCAAACUAUUGUCAAAUAAGUCGUCUAGGUAUCUCCUUGGUCAUUUUCAUCUUCCGAUUGCUUCCCUUGAAUCCUUGCGACGUCGACCUUAGCUCGAGCUGGUUGGUGUUUCAUCGCUUCUUGUCAUAGAUCGUCCGCUCCUCUGCAUGGCAAGUCGGCAUGACCAUUCUUUUGUUGCCUUGCCCGAUAUUUCAUAUAUGACAAGGAAGACAUAUGAUUUUGCGGUCCGAACCAGAUUCUUUGCAAAGUACUAUGGUGUUCUCAAUUUCCAGACGGCCCACCAAACCACCGCCAACCCAACAUUUUGCACAGUCCUACUAACAUUAACCCUUUGAUUACAUACAUGGUUAUUUAAGAUGGUACAGAAGUUUUUUCUAAAAUUCCCUUAAAAAUAAAUAAAGAAGAUUCAAUUCAAAUUGGCCCGAGUUUGAUUCGUUUUCCUUUCAUCCGCAUUUCUGUUCGCUCGCUCUCUUACUCCCUUCACUGACCAAACCCUAGCCACCGAUCCCCCACCCCGGCGGCGGUCGACCGGCCGCCGGCCAUGGCCUCGCCGGCACCACCAAUCGAGGAAAGUCGGACGCAGCCCUGGCUCCCAGCCCUCGCGGAUGAGAUCCUGGAGGAGAUCUUGGUGCGCGUGCCCACCCCGGAGGCGCUCGCCCGCGCCUCCGCGGCCUGCACCUCCUUCCGCAGCAUCAUCACCGCGCGCUCCUUCCUCCGCCGUUACCGCAAACUCCACCGGCCUCCCCUCCUCGGCCUCCUAAUCGACACAGAAGCAGGCUUCCGCCCUGCCCAGGCGCCCCACCCCUCCGCCCCGCUCGCCCGCGCUCUCGUCGCCGCCGCUGAUUUCGACUACGGCUCCUUCGUCCCAGAGCCCAAUCAAAGCUGGCUCAACCCCUGGCAAGCCCGUGAUGUCCGCGACGGCCGCGUCCUACUCGACUGCACCGGCCAGUUCGAUUUUGGAGCCGUCUUCACGAACCUCGCGGUGUGCGAUCCCUUGUCACGGAGAUCCGUGCUGCUCCCACCCAUACCUGGGGAUAUGAGUAUGAACGUCCAGCAAGAUCCCGUUGUCCAAGUCCAGCCCAUCCUCGCUCCUGCUGGAGAGGAUGAGGAUACGACAUUGUUCAAGGUGAUCUGCACAGCGCACUACAAAACCAAGUUGGUCGCGUUCGUCUUCUCUUCUGUCACCAGUCAAUGGUGUAUAGCUGCAUCAACCAGCUGGAGUUCUUUGGGCACAGUCAAGCCCUCCAGAAGGAAAUGUUUGUCCCGUUUCAACUAUGUACAUGGCUGCUUCUACUGGUUGUCGGUUUGGAGGGACAAGUUACUCGUGUUGGACACAUGCAGUAUGGAGUUCUCCACUGUCGACACUCUUACGGGCUACCACUCACAGCUUAUAAAUCAGCCUGGCCGGAGCAGACGUGUGUCUACCGUUAUUGAGGGUACGAAAGGAGCCCUUGAGAUGUGUACUCUCGUCGAUAAUUACAGUCCUACCUCAUAUUAUCUCUAUCAAACCGCUCAGCAAAAUAAUGGCGAAUCUUCCAAUGAAUGGCAGCUGAAAAAUAUUAUACCGUUACCUCGCCGAUGUUUCUAUGGCAUUGCGGGUGCAGCUGAGGGAUUCUUGUUCCUUCGAGGCGUUCGAGAAGAUCAGUGGGAUGAUAUUUCCCAUGGUGUGAUUUUCGAGGAUAAGGAUGUAGACUUUUUUUCGCUGGAGGUCAAGACUUCAGAACUUAAGAAGAUGUUUAGAAAAACAUACACCAAUCGUCCCAACCGUGUCUACCCGUACUUUGGCUAUCCACCAUUAUUCUCGGAACCAAGUCUUUGAGCUACAAAGUGGGAUGGACUCACAUUGCUUUUUGCUCUGUUGUUUGGGCCUUGGUGCCUUUGAGGAGAGACGGCAGAUGUUCGCGGGUGCUUCCAAUAUGCUGUCUCAGUCUGUUUUGCUGCCUUUGAGGAGAGACUGCAGGUGCCAACUUGCGCGCUGUCUCAGUGAUACCGUACUUGAGCCUUGGUGUUGGUUAUCAGAAACUAAUCACCAAGCUAUGUCUGACCUAAGGUGUUUAAGCAAGACAUAAUGUUGCCAAGGUGAUUUUGUCUAGCGUUUAUAUGAAGUGACAUAUUGCUGUUUUUCUGUCUCUUACUUAAAGAUGUAACUUUGGUUGUUAAUGAAUAAAGAGGUGCCUUGCUGUCAAAAAAAAAAGUGACAUAUUGCUGUUUU